CCCCAGUAGAAAAAACUAUAGAAGCAAGGGUAGAUGUGUUAGUAAACGAUUUAAUAAUUAAUCGUGCAAUAGCUAAAGAAAAUAUUAGCAUGGCUCAACAACGACAAAAGUUUUGUUGGGAUAAGAAGCUUAAGAAA